AUGUCGUCAAAACACUUUAUUCAUGAUCCUACGCACCUGGUCAACACGGCGCUUCUUAGCAUCCCAAAGACAAACCCUUCUGUGCAAUGCGACAUAAAGAACAAGAUCAUCUAUCGCAAGAAUGGCGCAUCGCAAGUGUCCAUUGUCUCUGGUGGUGGUAGUGGCCACGAACCUUCUUUCGCUUCCUUUGUAGGCGCAGGCCUCCUUUCUGGCGCGGUAGCGGGUACCAUCUUUGCGUCCCCAAGCGCAGAGCAGAUACGAAGGUGUAUACUGCAUCGCAUCCAGAAAGAUAAGGGUGUCCUCGUAAUCGUAAUGAACUACACCGGCGACGUGCUGAAUUUCGGAAUGGCUGUGGAGAAGGCGCGCGCUGCUGGAAUCGAGGCCGACAUGGUGGUCGUCGGCGAUGACACUGGAGUGGGGCGGGCAAAAGGUGGGAAGGUAGGACGGAGAGGAAUUGCAGGAACUGUUCUUGUCCAGAAGAUUGCUGGAGCGCUUGCGGCCAAAGGAGCGAGCCUCAAGGACGUGACGCGUGUAGCGCGACUCGUUGCAGAGAAUACUGUCUCCAUUGGAUCAUCACUAGCGCAUGUCCAUGUUCCUGGCCGACGAGAAGCCGAAGAAGAUGAACUGAAAGACGGUCAGGUCGAGAUCGGAAUGGGCAUCCAUAACGAAGCUGGCUCGGAGCGCAAAUCGAUUGAUCUUCCAGGGCUAGUGAAGACGAUGCUGUCGCACUGUCUCGAUGUCGCAGACCAAGAUCGAAACUUCUCUUCCAUCACCGCAAAGGACGAGGUUGUGCUGCUGAUUAAUAACCUGGGAGGAGUCAGUCCGCUUGAACUGAGCGGUAUCACGAACGAGGUCGUUGAGCACCUGGCAUCCGACUUCAACAUUAAGCCUGUGCGUAUACUCGCGGGAACUUUCAUGACCAGCUUGAAUGGGCUGGGCUUCAGCAUUAGCAUGCUCAAAGUCAGUGAUACGCAAUUGACAGGCGCUUCGAUGCUUGAGCUGCUGGAUGCGCCGGCUGAGGCGAGCGGUUGGUCCGCAGCGAUCAGUAGCAGCACCUGGGCCAGACGUGGAGAGGCAAACAAAAAGGAAGAAGAGGUCGAUGAAGAAGAAGUUUUGCCUAGUGACUUGAGGGUCAAUUACGCUCAGGCCAAGUCGGCACUGACAACCGCACUAAAUAGAGUGAUAGCUGCCGAGCCUGAUGUCACCAGAUAUGAUACAAUCGUAGGAGAUGGUGAUUGCGGAAUUGGACUGAAACGAGGUGCAGAAGCAAUUCUGAAGAUGCUCGAAACAGCAAAGGAAACAGACGAUCUGUUGAUCCUUGUGAAUAACAUCAUUCAAGUGGUCGAAGUAGCGAUGGACGGGACGUCAGGCGCAAUCUACGCCAUCUUCUUGAACGCACUAGCCCACGGACUGCGAACACAUUCGCCUUCGUCCCCUCAGCCAGUUACUCCUGCGAUUUGGGCCAAGGCGCUUGAUUCAUCGCUCAAAGCACUGGGAAAGUACACGUCAGCAAAGCCUGGUGAUCGGACGCUGAUGGACGCUUUGUAUCCGUUCGUUGAGGCGCUGUCCAAAACAGAAGAUAUCGAAAAAGCAGCCACAGCGGCACAAGGAGGAGCGCAAGGAACGAAGGGAAUGAAGGCGAGUUUGGGACGGACGGUGUAUGUUGGAGGCGUAGGGUUCCAAGAAGUGCCUGACCCUGGCGCGCACGGUCUCGCGGAGCUUCUGCUGGGCCUGAGUGACGGAUUGAAGAAGUAG